UGUGCAGGCGCUUACUCAUGAAUCUCUCGGAAGAAGUUACAACCGAUGAGCUGAAAAGGAUAAAGAUAUCAUUGAGUGAAGACAUUUCCAAGAGCAGGAUUGACAAAGCUAGAAGUAUGCUGGAUAUUUUCACAGAGUUGGAAAAGAAAGCAAUGUUGCAAGAAGACAAACUUGACAAAUUAAAGGAAAUAUUUACUGAAAUUAAUCGAAAUCUUCUCGAGAAAAUUCUAACCUAUGAAGAAAGGAAUAAGGGUAUGAAAUGUCCUGGAAGCAUUGUGAAUUUGCAUAAUGAAGACAAAUCAUUGCCAUCAGAACAAAUGUAUGAAAUGAAGAACCGUCCACACGGAGUUUGCAUCAUAAUAAAUAACUAUAACUUUGAGACUGCAAGAGAAAAUUACGGCUUUAAAAACAUGAAAGACAGAAAAGGAACUGAAAAAGAUGAAGAGUCACUCCGCAGUGUCUUUUCUGAACUUGGCUUUAAAAUAAUUCUACAUAAGGACCUUACGGGCAAUGGCAUCCGACAGACGAUUCAGGAUCACAGUGAACAGACUUAUGAAAACACUGAUUGCUUUAUCUGCUGUAUCCUCUCUCAUGGGAACAAAGGAGUCAUCCAUGGAACGGAUGGGCAAAGUGUGGCGAUAUGUGAUCUUACAUCUUGUUUUAAAAGGUCCAAAUGUCCAUCUAUUGCUGGAAAACCCAAAGUUUUUUUCAUCCAAGCAUGCCAAGGGGAUAAGUAUCAAAAAGAAGUGCAAGUGGGAACUGAUGUGUGCAAUGACAAUUCGAAAUGUGAUGUAUCGAAGACCGAGUUGAUCCCGAAUGAGCCAGAUUUCUUGCUCGGAAUGGCCACAACCCAUGACCAUGUAUCCCUUAGACACAAAGAAGAAGGAUCAUUUUACAUACAGUCACUGUGUAGACAAUUAAAGAUGAGUUUUCCCAGAGGUGAGGAUAUUCAGUCAAUCCUGAUACGAGUAAACAAUGAAGUGAGCAGGAAAAGGGCGCUGCAGAUGCCACAGCCAUGUACAACAUUGUGCAAGCAACUCAUCUUUUGUCCAGCCGCCAAUCAUCCUGCAAGUUAGAAAUCUAGUCUUCCCACCACGUGAAAACUAAUUCUGGUUAUUCUAGGUGUGGAUGAUGAAGGGUGGUGGUAAAUUGUUUUAAGAGUGUGAAAUCAUAUUCCUUGGAGAGCUUAUCCAAUGGGAAAGAUGUCAAACACAGAAGAACUGAAUGACUGCAUGCAUUGUCUGCUUGUUUCUCAAGAACAAUAUACUUAUAUACAUGGAAUCUAGCAGAAAUGCCCAAUAAUACGUAAUACGGAUUGUUAUUUUCUGCAUUCAUUACCUGUGCAGCGGCAGGGGGGGCGUCUGUGCUUUCGAUGCUGGAAGAGUCCUGCUCC